AUGUACAGGAAACUGGCCUCCAUUUUGGUUCUGCUGCUGGGCCUCUCGCAGGUCCUGGCUCAAGAGGUAAGACCUGGAGAAACUGAACUGAAUGCAUUCGUUGACAUCUCCACAAGAAUCCUGGAUGCAAACAGAGGGAUCUCUGGGUUACUAGUAGAGGGAGACAUUGCCCUGGCAAGAGGAAGGAACGCCAGGAAGUGCUAUUCUUUCUGGGACUGCAGGUGGAAGAAGUUACCAUCAGGACAUGUGGAAGUACCAUAUCAAAUCAAUGACUACUUCUAUGCCAAUGAGAGAGCUAUUAUUGAGAAGGCCAUGCAAGUAUUCCAUGAGAAGACUUGCAUCCGAUUUGUUCCUCACAACGAUCAAGUAGAUUACCUCAGCAUUGAGUCCAAAACUGGGUGCUGGUCCUCCAUUGGGCGCAGUGGUGGCAAACAGAAGGUCUCCCUGAGCGUGAACGGCUGCAUUUACCAGGGUAUCAUUCAGCACGAGCUUCUUCACGCCCUCGGCUUCCACCAUGAGCACACCAGGAGCGAUCGGGACGAGUACGUCAGGAUCAACUGGGAGAAUGUCCCAAAGGGUGCUUCCAGCAACUUUGCCAAAAAGAACACCAAUAAUCUGAACACAAAAUACGACUACGGCUCAGUGAUGCACUACGGAAGAACUGCCUAUACGACAUCCUAUGGUAAGGAUACCAUCACCCCGAUUCCUGAUCCCAAUGCUAAGAUCGGACAGAGGACUGACAUGUCAGACACAGACAUUGUGAAGGUCAACAGACUCUAUAAGUGUGGUGAGUGA